GUUUUUAAUGAUAUUAAACAAUUUAUAAGUCAAAAUACAUCACAUAGCGACGUACUCUGUUGUUGAAACUGUUGCCGGAAAGAUGUCCCGACUCUUAGUGACUUGUUUCUUCAUUGGCAUUUGCAAGAGUUCACUUGGCCAAGUAGGGCUUGGCGGAUUUGGAAACAAUCUUGCACUUAGCAACGGACUGGCAGCAAAUAGUUUAGCGGCAACCAAUCUCGCAGCGAAUGGAAUCGUUAAUAAUUUAGCUUAUGGAAAUAGUUUGGGUUUUAAUAAUGGCGUUUUUAAUCCUAUCGGCAGUGCUAUUGCUGGUAACGCUAUAGCAGCCACAGCUAAUGCUGCUGCUGUAAAUGCUAUUGCUGGUAACAAUGCUGCUGCCAUCAAUGCUGCAGCUGAAAACGUCGCUGCGGGUGUAAAUGGGUUAUCAUUUGCUGGCUUGCCAAUAUCUGGAGUUUCUCCAAUCGGAUACGGUGAUGUAGCUGUAGGAGGAGAGCUACCAGUGGCCGGUGCUACAUCCGUGGCUGGCAAUGUACCUAUAAUUGGCUUUGUAACCUUCGAAGGUACUGUGCCAGCUGGGGGCAUGGUGAGUGUGGCCAGCAAUUGUGGAUGUAACGGACCAACCGUUUAUUAAUGUCUUUAGUGAUUAGUUAUAGUUCUUUAUUUAUUGAGUAAAAUAUUUAAUUUAAUAAAGUAUUUUUUUUA